CAAAUGUUAGUAGAGUGAUAACACAAGUUUGUACACUGUGUUUACCACUUGUGAUUUUGGGAUUACCAUGAAAUUGUUACCUAAUUCCACCUUUCCCCUCAUCAUCUUGAUGACUUGCGUUGAGCUCUUCACCUUCACCACAGCCCGUCCUGCUAAUAUAACUGAGGGGAAAAAGGAUCUGCAGAGGCUAUAUAGAGAAAUGCGUACGCUGCUGGAAAUAGUAUCUAAAGAAAGGCUUGGGAAUGAGAUGCAAGAAUUUGAGCAAUCACUCACAUCCCUGCCUUCACUGAACUACAAAACAGCAGACCUGAAAACAGUCGAGGUGAGCAGUACAUUAGGACAGCUGUACUCUGGUCUUAAAUCCUUCAAGUUCCAUCUUGACUGGAUCCAGCAAAAACAAGAAGAAAUGGGGAGCGAUUAUUCGAAGACAAAGAAACUCGCUCAUCGUAUUGAAGACAUCAGCCACAUGGUGCUCAUACAGAUUGGGACCACCCCCUCUGAGCUGGUCCACCCUUCCCUGUCACCUUUGAACACAACUUGGGAAGCAUACCAGGCCAAUGUGGAGAUUCUUGACAAACUUUACUACUUUUGCAACUGGUACAUUAGAGCACUGGGAGAACUGAAACACAAGCAGCUCUCAGCUCAACUCCAUGACGCCUGACUUGCCUUAAUGUUUGAU